GGGAGUACGCCAGGCGUUACGUAUAAAAGGACGGCGCGAAUCGCAUUUUGGUAGUCACCGCAGAGACUCAUACCUAGUGGGAUAACAACAUCACCAACGCAAGACCCCCACCAUGUGUGACGACGAAGAGGCGGCGGCGCUCGUUUGCGACAAUGGCUCCGGUCUUGUCAAGGCUGGCUUUGCCGGUGAUGACGCUCCACGAGCUGUCUUCCCCUCCAUCGUUGGCCGCGCCCGUCACCAGGGUGUGAUGGUCGGUAUGGGUCAGAAGGACGCCUAUGUCGGCGAUGAGGCUCAGAGCAAGAGAGGUAUCCUCACUCUUAAAUACCCCAUUGAGCAUGGUAUUAUCACUAACUGGGACGAUAUGGAGAAGGUCUGGUACCACACCUUCUACAACGAACUCCGUGUUGCCCCUGAGGAAUCCCCUACCAUGCUCACUGAGGCUCCCCUCAACCCAAAGGCCAACCGUGAAAAGAUGACUCAGAUCAUGUUCGAAUCUUUCUCCAUGCCAGCUAUGUAUGUCUGCAUCCAGGCUGUCCUCUCCCUCUACGCCUCUGGCCGUACCACUGGUGAGGUCUGCGACUCUGGUGAUGGUGUGACCCACAUGGUUCCAGUAUAUGAAGGUUUCGCCCUUCCCCAUGCAAUCCUUCGCCUAGAUUUGGCUGGUCGUGAUAUUACCAACUACUUGAUGAAGAUCCUGACUGAACGAGGCUAUUCGUUCACCACCACAGCCGAGCGUGAGAUUGUCCGUGACAUCAAGGAGAAGCUCUGCUACAUGGCUCUUGACUUCGAAAGUGAAAUGAAUGUUGCAGCAGCUUCCUCUUCUCUCGACAAAUCCUAUGAACUUCCUGAUGGUCAAGUCAUUACCAUUGGUAAUGAGCGUUUCCGAGCUCCCGAGUCUCUGUUCCAGCCUUCCUUCUUGGGCAUGGAAUCUUCUGGUGUUCAUGAGACUGUCCACAAUUCCAUCAUGAGAUGCGACAUUGACAUCAGGAAGGACCUUCUGGCCAACAUUGUCAUGUCUGGUGGUACCACCAUGUAUGCUGGUAUUGCUGACAGGAUGCAGAAGGAAAUUACCCUCCUGUCUCCCUCAACCGUAAAAGUUAAGAUUAUCGCUCCUCCUGAGAGGAAGUACUCCGUCUGGAUCGGUGGCUCUAUUCUUGGUUCCUUGUCUACUUUCCAGACCAUGUGGAUCACAAAGGAAGAGUAUGAUGAGUCUGGUCCUGGCAUCGUCCACCGCAAGUGCUUCUAACUGAUGAACACAGCAAUUUAACCUAUGAGCUUCUAUUAGGAAUUUCAUGAUUUUUUUUUCUUUUGUUUUAUCAUGUGUAUUUUUGGUGAUUGAAGAAAAGUAUUUUUACACUAUACUGUUUCUUAUUUCUCGUAAAUGAAGGAUUAUAAGUUUAUUAUUACAGAGAUCAUGGGAAAUAUAUUGAAUUCCCACAAGAAUUUCCAAGUUUAUUGUUUCAAUUACACUUACGUUUAAGGUAAAUACCGAUAAAACCGAAUAAACUGUCUAUUCUGCACCACAAUUAUACUUAAACUGGUAAAAGGAAUAUAAUUUAAAACAGAAAAUAUGUCUUUGAUCACGAAAAUUUAUUAGAUCUAACAUGAGUUACUCAUGAUAAAAAAUGUUUACUUAUAUGUAAGAGAACGAAGGAUAGACAAUAAAUCAUGGUAAGAUAACCAAGUCUUUGGAGUACCAACAUUGUUUAUACAAAUUACUAAUCAGUAAUUUUUCAGGAUAAUAUAAACAGCUAUAGUCAUUAUGCAUUUGAAUGAGAAUUUAAAAAGCCAAUCCACCAAAACUUUAAGUCAUCAAUAUUGUAUAUGUGCUCUUGAGCUCAUUUAAGAAUCAGUAACAAGUGUCAACUACAAAAAGGAACACGUAAAAUAACAUUAUCAAAUUGAAUAUGACUUACCUUUACACAAAAUAACAAAUGAUUCCACUUACCAGCUCCUGUAAAAAAAAAAAGAAUACAUUUAAUUUUAGGAAGAUUACAACCAUUUUCCUGUUUACUAGAAAAAAAAACAGACACUUAACCAGCAAAAAUAUAUGAUCAUAUGAUAAACCUUUACACAUAAAAGAUGAAACGUUUGAAUCGUUGCCUUUUCUGUCUUCAAGUCUUAUAGAAUCUUAAUUUCCUUUAUACUUACAUGUAAGUAUGAAUACCCAAGAAUACAAAGAUUUAAUCAUUCACCAAUUACAAAUACUGAUUAUGUUUAUCAUCUAAGUAUGUAGAUUGUGAGCUGGAGAGAAAUACAGAGGAAUCUUUUCUCGAUAUGUAUGGAUACUCGAAAUGAUCACACACAUUAGUUAAGCUCUUGAAAAAGCUGCACGUAAAUCAAUGCAGCAAUCUGCUUCGCCAUCUUCUGGAUUACCACAUUAGUAAUCUACAUGACAGUACGCUGUUAAGUACCAAAUUAGUCCUGGUCAUCGAGUGGUUUGGGAGUCAGACUGAUUAUCAUGCUAACAUGGGUUAAAGUCAACAUUUGUACUUAAUAAACAUUUCCUCAUCU